ACGCGCAGAGACCGGACAACAAUCGGCCAGCGUUGGUUUAUUCAAUGCGUUUCGCUUGUUGGUUCUUCACAAAACAACUUGAUGUACACUGUACAAGGUCGGCCUCCCGCGAGUUUUUAUUGGGGAUCAAUAUUUGUACAAUAAGUUGUCUUGUCAUUACAUCACGGCUAGCAACUAGACCCCCCUUACUGUCAACGAAACGGUAGAGGACUACGUGUGGAGAGCGAAGUUACACCACCUUCGCUGCCGCACUGGACGGUUUUUGCCGGUCAAAUCUGACAUCUUCCACCGGAAAUGAGGGCAGGACGGGACUAGCACACAAGACUUCAACCAAGUUCCUGAAAAAGUUGACUUUUCAGACUCAAUCCACCCUGGUUGACUUCAUUGCCAGAUUUGGUAAGGCUGUAUGUGUGUGCAGACCUGCGUGCGUGUGCAGUGAGGUGGAAAAACCUACAGCCGUGCCGUACCGUACCGUACAUCGCUUUGAGGCAUCUUUUGCAUUCAGCAAAAACAACAAACCGACCAUCAACCAUGCCUAACUCCGGCUACCAGGGCCUCAUCAACCAGCACUUCUACGGCGAGAACAAGGCGGACGUCUUCCCUCCGGGGGAGAAGUACGGGCAGACCAACUUGCCGUGCCCGGCUUUCUGGCACGCGUACAUCGGGGGCAGCGGGCCAUCUGCGCGUCACGGUGGCGGUUCACGCAACAAGUACUCCCGUCACCUCAACUUGAGUGACCCGCUGUCGGGGGUUGGGCUUCCGGCGUCGCCAGUUGGUGGCGAACUUCACUCCAGCAUGAAGGGGUCGCUGAGUUCAGAGGUUCCAUAUGAAGCCCCCAUCGCACGGUCCAACUGCCUCUUCGUUCAAGGGGGGAUCAAGUCCAAUUCGGUGGCCCCGUUCGCCACCCUGGCCAAGCCCACCUGUGGCUGGUUCUUCUCUCGGGGUACGGACCACAAGAAACGACGGCACGGCAUUCCGUCAGCAGACCUGGUCAAGUGGAGAUACUACGUCAAGUAAACGGAGAACACCAAAUAACAUUGCAUUAAAAAAUCACAUUUUUGGGGUUUAAUUUGGUUUAUUUUCACUGUUAAAACACUCAUAUUAUAUGUAAAUAUUCACAAAAUAUAAACUACAGCACUUUUUACUUACAAAUUUGGUCACGUGGAGAUAUCAAGUAAACAGCGAACAACAAACCUUGCACGCAUAAAAUCAUUUUGUUUGUGUUGUUUGGCUAAUUUUCAUUGUUAAAACCCUAUUGGUAUAUUUUGCAAUUACUGCCAAGUAAACUACAGCAUUAAUUUUGCUUUUACAAAUUUUUAGUACACUCUUUUCAACAGAUAUACACUAAAGAAAGAACGGACAUUUUGUUUAGGUUAAUUUCACCUUCAACAUAUAUAAUUUGUAAAUACUCACAAAGUAGACUGCAGCAUUUUGCGUUUUCAGUUUUUUGUUACACUCUAUAUUUGACAAUCAAUACGGAGAUACUGCUUUGAUUUCGUACAAUAUACAAUUCAUAAUGUGACCAUUUAGAUGGACACACACACGUGAAGUAACGACACAGAAUUAUUAUCAAAGUUAUACCAUAACAAACUCUGUUGUGCUAUAUUUAUUUAAGAACCAACUGUAAGUUUCACCUUCAAAUUAAUAAUUCUGGAAGAAAUAUCUUACUCUGAGCAAAGUCUCCCAAUUUUCUGACGGAUGGAAUAUCCCCCACUGUGACUUUAUCACGAUAUCUUCCAAAGAAAAUGAAGACCCGAUAUUGAUUAAUUAUCUAAACAUUUGGACAAUCUGUGUUUCAGUUGAACUUUGAUAUCAAGUUAAUGUUUAUGUAGCCUAUGACGGUGUUUUUGUUCUUUUGAAACCAGACCUGCAGUUUGCUGCCUGAUAAACCCUUUUACUGAAGCACAACAGAUCAUUAGUAGACUUUCCAGUAGUCCGAAUUCAGCCAUACGAACAAACGAACGUGAUUUCUUUUUUUAAUUGUUCAUCAUGUUCAAUAUUAUUUGAACGUACCGUCACAUUCAUUAGACAUCUUUACUGUUAUUUUCUGGUUUUCCAACUUGUAAAUAAAUGUAAUUCCGAUGAUAA